AUGCGUGAAUUUACAGAUGAAGAGUCCAAUCUUUGUUUGCUGUUAAACCGGGUAGUGGAUAUGCAAAACCCGGAAAGACAUACAGUAUCACUCGUGGUUUCAUUGUUUGUCCAUUUUUUGGCUAGCAAGAGAUGUGGCCCUGCUGAUAAUGCGAAGAAGCUAAGUGUGCUUCUUCGCCAUUUCAAUACUCUUCUUGGCUAUAGUAACUCUGAAAAGUGCUUCACAAUACCCCCUGCGCGUCUACGUCGCGCAGCCGUCUGCAACGCUUUUUUGCAUGGAUUACCAGGAGUAUUGGAUUCUAAUUUGCUGAUAGGCAAUCAAUUACUUUCCAUCGUACUUCAACUACUCCUUUACCUACCUUCACCUCAAAAAUUUGCUAGCGAUGCCCCUUCCGCUGAUUAUUCUCUUCGGUUGCUUUCUACGCAGCAACGGCAUAAUUGGCUGCAUUCAAUUAUCAUCAUACUUUACAAAUAUCGUUGCGACGCUGCCCCUACAAACGACGCAAUACGCAAACAGAUGCUUAUAGUUGUACAGACCUUGGAGCAGCAAUGCCAUCGCUGCCCUCCUACCUCACGAAAUCAGGAGCAACAACCACCUGUAGCUAUAGCACCGGAAAAUAAGGAGAGGCGUUCGGCUACGUGUCUUUUGGAAGCACCUGGGCCUGAUGGGCAGUGGUCGUCGUCUACGGAGGAUUCUGAAAUUGGAAAUGAUUCAGGCUAG